AUGAUAUAUUCACAUAAAAGUAGCCGAUAUGAAGUCUUUGACAUCGUGGUUCUUCGGGCGAUUCGAGGUCGAGAGGCGCGGCUCCCGUGUGGACAGGGAACGGUAUUCCUGGAUGGGCCUAAUUCUUACGUUCUAUGGUUGAAGGAUGAUCGUGAUUUCCUUUACCGGUUUCCUAAUGAAGAGUACGAACAUAGUCUCAUGAACCCAGACCGGAUCGUGGAGGCCUCUUGUAACCCUGGCUCCUGUCGCGACCAGACUGCCCUGCUAAUGAAGAGAGUGACAAAUCACGAUGGAGGACUGUAUCGCUGCCGGGUUCACUAUCAAACGUCCCCGUCAGUUGAUCAUUUGAUCGAACUCCGGGUUAUCGAUUCUCCUGGUAUACCAACGGUAUACAACGGUGAUGAAGAAGUUAAAGGUGUAACCGUGGGUCCACUGAGCAUUGGCUCCGACUUAACUCUAUCCUGUCGCGUAAAAAGUAAAGAUCCUGAGAUCGAAGUGUAUUGGCGACGCAACGGAGUGAUGAUGGAGAGGACACACCUGACCAGGACUGACGUGGUACAAGCAGACAUACAUCUGUACAACCUGACGCGAUCUAAUGCGGAUUCACAUUACGAAUGCUUGGCCCAAAACUCCGACGUAUCAGAGCCUUUGAUUAAAAGCAUCGUAAUAAAGAUGUAUCUUGCUCCGCUCAGCGUUCAAAUACGUUUAGAUGAGAAUUACGGUUUCGAAGCUGGAAUUCCACGUCUAGUUGACUGCGUUGUAAUCGGCUGUGUCCCCGCACCUUCCAUCAGUUGGCAUCUAGGAGAUACAUUGCUGAGACCAACCUCUCAUAAGGAAGUCAACGAAGGGAACUACACGGUGUCGACACUAACCUUGUCGCCUUCCCUCCAAGAAUCACACUACGAACUAAGCUGCCGAGCACAUAAUUCCCACAUGCCUUCGGAACUGUUCCAGGACAAAGUAGUCAUCAACGUUGGAUAUCGGCCCACCUGUCAGACCGGUCGUGUGGAGAGGGUAGGCGCUGUUGUACGAGAGGCAGAGACAGUCCAUUGCAUAGUGGAUGCUUCUCCUGAGCCUCUGCAGUUCACGUGGACUUUUGAGGAUUCGAAAACACUCUAUACGAGCGGAACGAGGAUAUCUACAUAUCGGAACCGGUAUUCUUCAAGCCUGACCUGGCUUUCUCGUGGCGGCGACAUUGGUCUGCUGCAGUGCCGAGCUACCAAUGCCUUUGGGGAACAGAAGAAUCCCUGUGUAUUCAAUAUAACCGCUGGCGGUCCUCCUGAGACGCCCGACUGUGAUAUCAAACGCACUGUGCCCAACCACCUCGCUGUCCACUGCCGACUUGGCUGGGAUGGAGGACGACCUCAGAAAGUCUAUUUUGAACUGUACGACGAAACUGGCAGACUACUCCGCAAUGUAUCGGAUGCUGUUGGAAAUUAUCACUUGAAGAAUCUACCGGAAUACCAGAAUUUUACUGCGGUCUAUUAUGCUGCGAAUACGAGAGGAAAAAGCCAACAAAUUAAAAAAGUACUGAAAUCUUACAGCGACGUAAUAGCCGAGGAGAAAACAGAACUUGAAAGGAGUAACGGAAUUGCUAAAAAAUGGAUGCCUUACGUCGAGACACUGGCAGGAAUAGUGACCCUCGGCAUUACGGGGGCAGCCAUCACGUUGGUAGUUAAGAUAUUCUGUGGUAAACGAGACCACGAGGAUUCUAACCCUGACCUGGUACCACGGAACACCAACGGAUGCUUCCACCGAGAACCGGACAUCACGAAGGAGGACAGGUGCUUCGAGUCGACGAACAUCACCGCAAAUCCACUGGCGACAUGCUCCAAUAUGCAGAAUACUCUGCCAUAUUGCCCGCCUACUGUACCGUCAUGUCGCGUGGUGUUGGGCUGCCCUCACGAUAACGAUGACUGUCUCUCUGGUCAGCAGUCAUAUUUCGUAUAAACUUAUCACUCAAGACGGACUGAUCAUGCCAAUAAGGACAACCGACUCGAAUGCCUAUUACAACAGAUCAAAUCAGCCAACAGAUGGACAGCGAGAACUUUCUACUUAAAUGCAACUCAGAAGUUAAUUCAGUAGGAGUAUUUAACUUCUAGAUUUACCAAAUAACAAUUAGAUAUAAGUACAUAUUUACUGUCGUCUUUAAAUCUUUCUUCAUGUCCUUUUAAGUUGCUAGAGGAACUAAGGGUGCCUACAUAAAGAAACAGGUCUAUGCGGGUUAGUACCGAUCGGCCCAGGUAUACAACCAACAUGUUCUAUGUCGCCCAGGCGGUACCUA